AUGGCCGCAGAGGGCGGGCGGGCGCCCCUGCUGCCCGCCGAGGCGCGCCCCUGCGCCCCGCGGCGGCCCCGCGCGCCCGCGCCGCCUGGAGGGCGGUGCCACCGAGCCGUGGGUCGGGGCGAGCCUGGGGUGCCUGGCGGGCUGCUGCGCCCUGCUGGGGCGCUAUCACUUGUUUCUUCUUCUAUUUACGCGCGCGGCGCGCAGUGGGACUACUUCGUGUGGUGCCAGCUGCACCUGCUGGUGCUCCAGUGCCCCCCACUGCAGUUGAGCGUGCCCGAGCGCGGGUGCCCAGUCGGGGGCGGCCCGCGCAAGCGGCUGCUGCUGACCGCCGACGGGCUUGCCUCGCCCCGCUCCCAGAGCGUGUUCCAGGAGUUCGUGAAGGAGGGCAGGGACGACUGGGGAAAAAGAGCGGCCUGGUGA